CCUCCUUGCGACGAUGUUGGUCCUUUGCGCACCUGUAUAACCUCCCGUUAGCAUCGGCGUUGAGCCCAUCCUCGCAUCUGAAGCUUUGGCUGCGCUAUCGCAACUGUGGAAGUCAGAGGACUGUUUUGGUGUUACCGACGACACCAGGGAGCACAUGGUGAGAACCCAACACAUCCAUGCAGCGCUGCAUACAUUUGUGCGCACAUGAGAUGGCCACACUGGAGUAGGAUGUCUCGAUAUCUGUCUGUGUGCGUGCGCGAUGCUGGGUGUUUUCAGAUAGUCCAAUCCAUCCUCGUGUGAGGAGCGCACAGUCCCGUGGAGGCGAUAGUGAAGAUGAACGGUGACGCAGCCGCCGGGACUAGCUCCCACCCCCCUGCCCCUCCCCUCCCCCCUGAGGCACCGAUGCCAUCGUCGGUGGCCACGGGCGGCCUGUCUGCGGCAGUCGCUGCAUCAUCGUCGGCCAACCUCAUGGACGGAUUCGGCGCACCACCAUCGCCAAACAAGGACUUCGUGUCGCUGUCGCCAUCAUCAGCGAAGAAGAGGAGCCGAUUCGACCAGAAGGGAGCCGCUGGAGCAUCUGGCAAGCCUGACGAUGAUACAUACGACCCGGUUGUGGGCUCGUCGCUGCCCAUGUCGUCGCCAUUGGCGUCCCCUCCCCCAUCCCACGCACACACCGACGACAAGUCAAAGCGGUGGGCGUCCAAGUGGGACCAGGAUGCCAACAAGCAGCAGCCGGCCGCCAACGGUCACCAGCCUUUGACCAUGACGGACUCCCCUCCCCAGCCGUUCAAAGCGCCCGACAGAAAGGCCGAUGACCCACCCAAGGACAACCUCUCCCCAUCACCAGCCAUGGACUCGAGGCGCAUCAUCCGGCCAAUACCCAAGAAGAAGAACGCGGCACGCCGGCCGUCGACGGGCAAUGCCGGCAAGCUCUCGGCCAGCCAGCAGACGUCCUCGCCCGACCUGACGCAGUCCCCUGGGGUGGCUCGCGGGAGUCCCAAGCCCAAUGAGAUGGAGGUCAGGCGGCAGGAGUACGAGGAGCGGGAGAGGAAGAGGAAGCUGCGCGAGGUGCAGAAGCAGCGCUAUCGCACCAACCGGUCGCCGGGCCGUGAGCAGCUGGAGGGAGCAAGUCACUCGGCCAGGUCGCAGGAGUCGCAAGAGUGGAAGGGCCGGCCAGACAAGAGGCUGCGGACGGGCUACCCCUCUCUGUCCUCGUCAGGACACUCCAUGGGCAGCGGGCCUGUCGGCAGGUCGGUGACGGGUGGGGGAUUCCCGACGGACGGCGGCAAGUCGCCGCCGCCGCUGGUGGAGCUGCUCGAGGUGGCGCCGGUGGAGCCGCCCCCCGCCCCUGACAUGUCUGGUGGUGCGCCCAAGGGCCCCAAGACCUACUACAUCCGUCAGGGAAGGAUGGACUGGCAGUACCAGCUCGAGAGGAGCAAACAGGAGUAAGCAUCAGGGGAGGGGAGGGGAGAAGGAAAGGAACGGACAGCGACCUGAUGUGUGUGUGUGUGUGUGUGUGUGACAUGCAGCAAUCGUGAGUUGGAGGAGAAGCGAGAGCAGCUGCUGAAGCGCAAGGAGGACAUUGAGCCUGACACCAGACAGGAGGUGGAUGAACCACUCACUACAUGCUGCACGUAUGAAUGCGGAACACGACAGGGAUUAACAUUCUCGUGUCUUGUGUGUUUCUGUGCUGUGGUGUCUGCAGCUCGAGGCGAUGGACAGGAAGGUCAGGGACCUGAGGAUUCGCAACCAGGAACUGGUAGGCCACAUGACAUGACCCAUCAAACUGUCCAUAUAUCUGUCUGUGUCUGCUCCGCUUCCCUGCGUGUAGAUUAAGAAGCGUGAGGCCGCGGAGGCCAAGGCCAUUGAGGAUCGCAUUGCGCUGGAGAAGGAAACAGCCGAUGUAAAACUGGCAGAAAAGGUAGGUACGCACUCUGAUCAUCAGCCAGCUUGCAAGGGAAGGGAAGCAAAGGAUGCACACGGUGGUUGAUGUUCGAUGCUAUGGUGUCAUUGGUUGGUCAGGCGGUGCCCGAGCAGCACCAGCCCAGCAUCGACGAGGCCAAGAAGAAGAAGCGGGCUGCCAUGGCCGAGAGAGCCAAAGCCGAUAAGAAACACAAAGAGUAAGACUAUCAAUCGAUGAAUGAACCCACAGUUCGACUGGGGUCACCUGCUCAACUCUCUCUCUCUCUCUCCCUCUCUCCCUCUUUCUCUCCCUCUCUCUCUCUCUCUCUCUCUGUGUGUGUGUGUGUGUGUGUGUGCGUGUGGGUGUGUUUGCAGGGAGCAGGAGAGCUUGGACAAGGUCGAGAAGACCAUCAAGAAGCUCAAGCAGCUGGAGCAGAAGCUCAUCGGGCUCCGCUCGCGCAGACACGACAAGCGGCGCAAGGCGGAGCAAGCAAAAGCCAAGGCGGCGGCCGCGGCACCACCCCCACUCCCACCCCCGCCACCCGCCCAGGAUGCUGCUGCUGUCCCUGCUGCCCCUGCAGCUGCUCAGACCCACGAGCAACCUGCAGCGGCCCCCGCCCCUCUAUCGGCUGCAGCGGAGCCCAGUGGGCCGCUCCCUGCUGGUGAUGUCACCAUGGCCGACGCACCUCCCGACGGCGGCGGCGAUGGCGACGCCCGCAUGGCGGCAGCAGCCGGCCAGAAGGCUACCGCCGAAGAGGAGAGGGCACCUCCCAAGGCGCCUGAGGCGACUCCAAUGGAUGAGGAGAGCAGAGAAGGGGAGGGCGAGAAAGAUGCCGUCCCAGAGGAGGGAGAGGGCACGGCGAGUGGUGGGGCGCCGCCCGCUCCUGCCACAGCCAACGCGGAGGGGAAGGGUGGUGGGGAUGAAGGCGAUGCGAAGCCAGCCGAGGCGACUGACGCAGCCGCUGCGGCAGACGCGGACAAGAUGGCCGAUUGAGAAUACCAUGUCAGUUUUUUUCCAUCUCGCUCGCACUCGUGAGUGUGUGUGGGGGGGGGCGUAGUGCUUAACUUCAGUGGGUGUGUGGGUGAGAUGAGAUUUGAAGAGUGCCAGCCUUGGCCAGGCUGUCCGACGGUCACUGAUUGCCUGGGUGACGGUGGGAUGCCCUCGCGAAGUAACCUUUCUCAUGCAUCUUUGACCGCCUAGGUGAAAGGAUACGGACGAAAA